GGCCAGGCGAAGACUGGCGGCGCGGCAUCGCUCCUGAUUUAGCUAACACUGGCUUCGAACCACCGCGACGCCGACUGUAUCGUAUGGGUCUUGACCCGUGAAUGUGUCUCCAUGGAGUCCGGGAAGGCCAGACGGUGAUGGUCUAAAGGGAGUGUCUCGGGCACAGAGGUGCUUGCUCCUGGGGAUGUUGCGCUGGACGGUGCACCUGGAAGGAGGGCCGCGGAGAGUCAACCAUGCUGCCGUGGCGGUCGGCCACAAGGUGUACUCCUUCGGGGGCUACUGCUCCGGAGAAGACUACGAGACGCUCAGGCAGAUCGACGUACACGUGUUCAACUCUGUGUCUCUGCGCUGGAUGAAGCUGCCCCCAGUGAGGACUGCAGGGAGAGAGCACACGCGUGAAGGACCCUACAUGCGCUACGGUCACACAGCUGUGCUGCUGGAAGACACCAUCUACAUCUGGGGGGGGCGGAACGACACGGAGGGCGCCUGCAAUGUGCUCUAUGCGUUCGACGUCAACAGCCACAGAUGGUUCACACCCAAGAUCUCAGGGACCAUUCCUGGGGCCAGGGACGGCCACUCUGCCUGCAUCCUGGGGAAGGCCAUGUAUAUAUUUGGAGGAUACGAGCAGCUGGCGGACUGCUUCUCCAAUGACAUCCACAAGCUGGACACCACCUCCAUGGUUUGGACCUUAAUCAACGCCAGAGGCGCUCCAGCACGCUGGAGAGACUUCCACUCGGCCACCAUCAUCGGAACAAAGAUGUUUGUAUUUGGGGGGCGAGCAGACCGCUUUGGCCCCUUCCACUCCAACAACGAGAUCUACUGCAACAAGAUCAAAGUGUUUGACACCGAGACCAACUGCUGGCUGAGCAGCCCCUCUGCCCAGCCGCUGCCUGAAGGACGCAGGAGUCAUUCAGCGUUUUCCUACAACGGUGAGCUGUUCAUAUUCGGGGGCUACAACGCGCGUCUGGACCGGCACUUCAGCGACCUCUGGAAGUUCAACCCAGAGGGCUCCUCCUGGAAGAAGGUGGAGCCCAGGGGGAAAGGCCCGUGUCCGCGCAGGAGACAGUGCUGCUGCAUGGUGGGAGAUCGCAUCGUGCUCUUCGGAGGAACCAGCCCCUGUCCGGAGCAAGGGAUGGGUGAUGAAUUUAACCUCAUGGAUCACUCAGACCUGUACAUCCUGGACUUCAGCCCUAAUCUGAAGACAUUAUGCAAGAUGGCAGUAAUUCACUACAGUCUGGAGCAGUCGGGGCUCCCACAUGACAUCAGAUGGGAGCUGGCUGCCAUGACAACCAACAGCAACAUCAGCAGGCCAAUCUUCUCCUCUCAUGGCUGAGAGCAGCCAUCACGGAGCAGACCCCAGACUGCCUUCUGCCCUCCGGGACCCGGGGACACCUUAACCAUCGACCGGGGCUCUAGCGGAGGACUUCUGUCGUCGGUAUUACUCAACUCUUUGGUUCGAGACUGGAGUUAUUUUCCACAUUGGAUUUUCGUCUCUGCAAACUAUUUUUUUCUUCUUGUUUUUACUUUUUCUACACAAACAAACAAGACAAGCUCAAGGAUGAAAAAAAGAAAACGGAUAAAAGUAUCCUUGUUUUGGAAGAAUUAGAAACACAUCUGCUAACAAAAUGAUUUUUCUAAGGGUUGCUGACUCAAGGGUGCUUUUGAGAACUCGGUUCGAACCACCUCCUCCCCCAUCUCCUCCGCUCUCUGUAGAGAUCCAAUCAAGCCUAUGAUAAUCCUGGACUCCUCCACAAGCACAUGAAGAAGAAAGUCCACCCUAAAGGUCUUCUGUACUAACCUCUCAUCUCUGCAGAGGGGGGGGGGG